GGUUCGUUUGAAGCCAUCAUCAUCAUCAUCAUCAUCAUCAACCAUCAUCAUCAUCAUCCAUCAUCCAUCAUCCAUCAUCCAUCAUCCAUCAAGCAGGCUCAAAACUUUGAUUCAUGAGAUCGCACUAAGUCAUCCCACUCUCCCUAUUGCUACUGAGAUUGUUGAAUACGGUUCUCCUAUUUCAACUUCCCCCUCCACUGUACUUACUCCCUCCGACCCCCACAUAUUGACCCCCGAAAUAUGACAACAUCACCAUCUCUCCCUCCUCUUCCUCUUCCCUCCGGCAUAACUUCCCGCUUCAUAACCACCCCCUCCCUCACAACCCAUAUCCUGGAGGCUGGUUGCUCCCACAACCAUGACCGUCCGCUCAUAAUUCUCCUUCACGGUUUCCCCGAACUCGCCUUCUCUUGGCGUAAAGUGAUACCUCUUCUUGCCGCCGACUACCACGUUGUGGCACCCGAUCAGCGGGGGUUCGGCCGCACCUUGGGUUGGGAUACCCGCCCUUACGCCAGCGCCGACCUGCACACUUUCACCGUCUCCUCCCUCGUACGCGAUGUCGUCCUCCUCGUGUAUGCGCUGGGGUACACCUCCGUCCACUGCGUGGUCGGGCAUGAUUGUGGCGCCGUGACCGCCGCCAUGUGCGCCGUGGCGCGCCCGGAUCUUUUUCGCAGCGUUGUGCUGCUCAGUCAUCCUUUCAAUGGCAUGCCGGCGCCGGCGAAGGAGCUGUCGCAGCGACAGUCCAGCGCAGGAGAGGAUAUACACUCAACUCUCUUGAACCAUGGCCGCAAGCACUACAAAUGGUACUACUCCACGCCUUCCGCGAACGCGGACAUGCUCCACGCCACGGGGCCGGACGGGCUUCAUGGCUUUUUGCGGGGAUACUUUCACCUCAAGAGCGGUCGAUGGGAAGGGAAUCAGCCGCGCAUGCUGACGGGUUGGACCGCCGAGGAGCUCGUCAAGAUGCCGUAUUACUAUGUGAUGCCCGCAGAGUCGACGAUGCCUGAGGCCGUGGAACGGCAUAUGCGCGAGGAGUCAGAGGAGGGAUUGCGGGCGUCGCGCGAGUGGCUUCCCGAUGAAGACCUCGCGGUGUACGUGAGGGAGUACCAACGGACCGGCUUCCAGGGCGGGUUGAAUUGGUACCGGGUACGCACGGCUGAAGGGGGUCAGUACACAUGGGACCAUGAGGUCUUUACAGGCAGAAAGAUUGACAUUCCCUGCACAUUUGUGUCCGGGAAACUCGACUGGGGCAUCUACCAGGAGCCAGGUGCCUUGGCUAAGAUGGAAAAUGGAGUGGUCUGCAGUGACUUUCGCGAGAUGAUACUAAUCGAUGGGGUCGGCCAUUGGGCUCCCCAGGAAAGCCCAGAGCAGGUAGCCCAGGCAAUCUUGAGGCUCGCCGGCGGUAUUCAAUAGCCAACAGACGAUCGUAAAGUAAACAUCGCACUUAACAUGAUUCAUGGCAGAUAACAGCCUCCAUCCAAUAUAAUAUGGAUUUCCCCUCGGAGUACCCUCUACUUGAUGCGCUCCUGGCUUUCGCCUGCGGAACUAGGGUGCAUCACAUACGUCCUUUUCUGCGUCCGCAAUUGCACAGGUAGCCAACC